UGUAAAUUCCUUUCGGCGGUUGACAAUCAUAGCGCUGCUUUCUGUAGGAGCCAUCUUACGCCAACCUGCCUUCAGCCAAUUACAGCGCGUAUCUGUCUAGUAACUCAUCAGUGCGCUAAUUACUGCGCUUAGGCAUAGCGUACUGUGACCAGCGCUGAAGCUUGCUCUGCCCUUCGCCUAGAGUAACGUGCCUUUUGUUGGUGAUUGGGCAGUCACCCUCUCAUAAAGAUGGCCCACAAUCAGCAAGGACAGCCUAUGGUGGACCAUAAGCGUGAGCCUUGUCCAGACCGCAUCCUAAAUGACAUUGGUGGAGCGUUCGCGAUGGGUGCCGUGGGCGGCGGCAUCUGGCACCUUGUCAAGGGGAUUAAGCAAAGCCCCUCCGGUUACCGCAUCCGAGGAGGGUUAGAGACCGUCCGUCGAGAGGCUCCCCGCCUUGGCGGCAGCUUCGCCAACUGGGGUCUCAGCUUCGCACUCUUCGAUUGCGGUCUCCAAUAUGUGCGCAAGAAGGAAGAUCCCUGGAACGCCAUCGGUGCAGGUGCGCUGACCGGUGGCUUCCUGCAGCUGCGCUUCGGGCUCGGCGCGGCGGCCAAGAGCGCCGCAUUCGGGGGCUUCCUACUGGCGCUCAUAGAGGGUCUGGGAGUGGCGCUCACGAAGCUCACCUCGCCGCCGCCGCCCGGCAUGCCUGCAAUGGCCGGGAUGCCGGGCGGACCGGGAGCGGGACCCAUGGGUCCAGGCGGCCCCAUGGGCCCAGGCAUGCCACCCCCAGGAGGCAUGCCGGGCAUGCCCUCUCCGGACAUGGGUGGCGAGGCGGCUGGUUCCAGCGGCGGCUUCUUCUCGUCGUUGUUUGGCGGCAGCAGCAGCUCCCCGGCGCCUGCCCCCACACAACAGGUCACGGACCUGUCCGAGGACCCCUUCCUGCCGCCCCCCAUGCCCAAGGAGUUUGUGAUGCAGGCGGACGGAGGGGACGGGGCCUUCAAGAGCACCGAUUCAUUCAAGCACAACUAACUGGGAACAACAGCGGAAAGCAGCUCUGCUAGCAGACGCAGGCGCCGACUAACAACUCUUGACCAAGCAACAACUGACUUUGUGUAGCGGUGGUGGUCAGUUCUUUACUUACUCUCCUCGAUAGCCUGAUGCUUUGGAUGGUGCCGUGUGUGCUUUCGUAAGCGGGCGACAGCAGAAGGAUAUGGGUAAAAUUAGGGGAACGUAAGGGCGGUUGUGUUUGUGUGCCUUGUAUGGAGUGGAGGCCUGGAGGCGCGGGUAAAAGGGGGUGUUGGAAAGGCAUGCAUGGGUGUUCAGAAGAAGAAACACACUAGUUCUUCUCUGUACCCAAGGU